AUGCCACCUCGGGCACCUACGCCCCUCUCCUCAGUACCCCGAGGCCCCGCCCGCUCCCACCUCGAGGCUCUGCCCCCCACACCCACCCUCACCCCAGCCGCCACCAAGUCCCCCUCCAAUCAUCUGACGCUGAAUUUCAGCGAUUUGGCGGAUGGCCGCGAGAGGGCGCGAGAACCGCAGGUUCUGCCCUCCCGGCCCACCGAGCGUAGGAACUGCCUGAGGCUGGCUCGGGACCGACCUGAGCGCCGCUCCCACGGCGACAUCAGGAGCUUUCCUUCCCGCGGGGCCCACCGCCCCAGAUUUUUCCAGAAUCCCGGGAUAGAGACCCCAGAUCCUUAUCUGAGAAACGCCGUGUCCUCUCACUGGAACAGGACCCUGAGGUCCACGUCUGACCCCGAGGCCCCCCUCAGGCAGAGCUGCACUAAUGUUGUGGGGUCUGUCCCGGCCUCAGGGACCCCCCAACCGGCCAGCACCCGGACCUCCCGCAGCCCCCGUCCUCCCACCCCGCGUCUCCAGGCCAAGGAUGCUUUCAGAGAUAUUUCCAUAUACUUCUCCAAGGAAGGAUGGGAAGAGAUGGGAGAGUGGGAGAAAUUCCGCUACAGGAACAUGAAAAGGAACAGUUCAAGGAACUACAAGGCGCUGGUCACUAUAGGUCUCAAAGUCCCUCACCCAGCUUUCAUGUGUCACUGAAGGCAGUCCAUAAAAUCCCAGACGGAUGACACGGAGGAUUCCCAUGAGGAAUGGGCAUCUAGGCAGCAAGAGACAUUUGAGAGAAAGCCAAAGGGAAAGAGCCUGAAGGCAUGGGUUCUGGUUGGGGAUUUACUACCCACUGGACCCUUCGUCUUCCCUCGAAUCCUGAGUCCCCAGGGAAUACUCAGGGCAUCACUAAGUAAUAAAUCUAGUUUGAAGGAAUUAUCAGGAACAAUUAUGCUGAGCAGAGCUGGCCCAGAGCAGGCCCAGAAGUCAGUGUUGCCUCCUGGAGAAGCAAGUACCUCUGAUAAGCACUCAAGACAGAAACCAGAGCCCAGGAGAAAGGAGGUUGAGGUGAAGACGUACAACCUCUGAGAAAGAAAGGACCUCGUGUACCAGGAGGUCAGCUAGCCCCAGGAUGGCGACUACCUUUAUUGUGAGAAGUGUCAGAACUUCACUGAUAGCUGUGCAGCUCAUGGUGACCCAACGUUUGUAAAGGACAGUGCCAUGGAUAGUGGGCACCCCCAUCACUCUGGUCUGGGAAUUGGACCAUCCAGCAUCCCCAAGGCUAGGCUUGAAGUAUGGAACAAGGUUCGGGGCCUGCACUUUAGUCCCUACGAGGGCCAGGUGACAGAAGAAGAGGAAGCAGCCAACAGCAGCUACUCCUGGUAUGUGAACUACACCCAGGACAAAGAGUAGCAGAACCUGGUGGCCUUUCAGUACCAUAGGCAGAUCUUCUACCGGACCUGCCGUGCCAUCUGGCCUGGCUGUGAACUGCUGGUCUGGUAUGGGGAUGAGUAUGGUCAGGAGCUGGACAUCAAGUGGAACAGCAGGCAGAAGGAGUUCACUGCAGGGACAGGUGGGCGCUGA